AUGCAGCUAUCAGUAUUCAUCAAGGUGACGAGCACUUUCUGUUCUCUAGUGCUGUUUGCUGCGGUUCAGUCGGUGGAGUCCAGUCGCAUACUAUGCAUCGAUCCGAUUCCCGGAAAGUCACAUGUACUCAUUGCUCAAAAUCUGAUGAAAGGAUUGGCUGAUCGUGGACAUGAGAUUACAAUGGUUAGUCCAUUCAAGCUGUCGCGACCCGUGGCAAACAUCCGGGAGAUCGUUGUUCCGUCUGAUGAUUACGUCCACAGGCAGAUGAAAAAGUUCCUCGAAAACCGGCCCAACAUGUUGAUCGAGUUUCCGAAGCUGAUCAAGAAAAUGCUGUCCGUCGCUAAUGAUACCAUUAAUUAUGCCGAAUUUCUCCCACUCAAACAGGAAAAGUUUGAUUUGGUGAUUGUGGGAUAUUUCAUAGCGGAUUUUGUUCUCGGUUUCGGUCCCCAUUUCGACGCUCCGACGAUUGUGCUUUGGGCAGGUGGCAUUUCUAAGCUCACGGCUGAUUUGGUCGGAAAUCCUAGAGAGAUUGCUGCCAGCCAAAACAUGGUUCUGGGAAAGCAAGAUGUUACGCAGUUUACGGCACGAUUGAAAAACUUUCUUUUCGCUUGUGUGGAGAGUCUUAUGGUAACAUAUGCGUUAUAUAAUCAAAAGCCGUACUACGAUUGGAACUUUCCAUCGGAUCGCUAUCCAAGCUACGAAGACGUACGGCGAAAUGUCUCUUUGCUUUUGCUAAACAGUCACUUCACGCAUGGUGGCCCCCGACCUUAUCUUCAGAACGCAGUCGAGGUAGGAGGAUUACAGAUUAAACCCCAGCCGGAUCCACUACCGAAGGACAUCCAGGAUUGGUUGGAUGGUGCUGAACAUGGAGCGAUCUAUUUUUGCCUGGGGUCUAAUCUAAAAUCCACCGAUCUCCCAUCACACAAAAUGGAAGCUUUCGUGAAAAGCUUAGGUAGUCUGAAGCAACGGAUUGUGUGGAAGUGGGAAACGGAUAGUUUCCCGAAUCAGCCGGGCAACGUGUUGACAAAGAAAUGGCUUCCGCAGGAUGAUAUUUUGGCUCAUAAAAAUGUUGUACUCUUUGUUGCCCAUGGAGGCUUAGGUGGAUUAGCCGAAGCUCGCUAUCAUGGAGUGCCGAUAUUGGGUAUUCCGAUUUUCGCCGAACAAUCCGGAAACGUAGCUACCGUAGUCCGGGAAGGAUGGGGUUUGGAAGUGAAUUACGAAACUCUCAACGAAGUGACAUUCAGUGCCCUACUGAAUGAGGUUCUGACGAAUUUGUCGUAUCGUCAGAGGGCCCAGAAAUUAUCUGCUCUUUAUCGGGAUCGUCCUCAGACUGCCAUGGAAACGGCCUGCUAUUGGAUCGAGUACGUGAUUCGCCACAAGGGAGCACCUCACAUGCAUUACCAGGGAGCGGAUCUUAACUUUUUCCAAUUAUACAUGCUAGAUGUGGCGGUGGUAUUGUUACUCGCCGGCUUUCUAGUAUUUCACGUAAUCAAAAUUUCGAUAAAAACAAUCAUCAAACUGUCGGGUAGAAAAUCAACGAAACAAAAGUUAUACUAGCCUUCAGCAACUGAUGAGAUAAUUCAUCCGAUAAUCAUUAACGAAAAUGUUCCACAAUAAAAUGAGACAAAAA